AACAGCAAGGGAAGCAUUGAAGGACAUACAUCAGAAAGACCAAGCAAAAUACAUCUCCCAGUGCAUUGAUGAAAUCAAGCAGGAGCUCAAGCAGGAUAACAUUGCAGUGAAGGCAAAUGCAGUCUGCAAACUUACAUACUUACAGAUGCUGGGCUACGACAUCAGCUGGGCUGCUUUCAACAUCAUUGAAGUCAUGAGUGCAUCAAAGUUUACAUUCAAACGCAUCGGUUACCUCGCGGCCUCUCAGUGCUUUCAUGAAGGGACUGAUGUCAUCAUGUUGACUACGAAUCAGAUCCGAAAGGAUCUGAGUAGCCCUAACCAGUAUGAUACUGGAGUUGCACUGACUGGCUUGUCCUGUUUUGUUACUCCAGAUCUUGCCAGGGACUUGGCAAAUGACAUCAUGACACUGAUGUCUCAUACAAAGCCUUACAUCAGGAAGAAGGCAGUGUUAAUCAUGUACAAAGUGUUUCUGAAAUACCCAGAGUCCCUCCGUCCCGCAUUUCCUCGCCUUAAAGAGAAACUUGAAGAUCCAGAUCCUGGUGUGCAGUCUGCUGCAGUAAAUGUUAUUUGUGAGCUGGCUCGACGCAAUCCCAAGAACUACCUUUCCCUUGCUCCCCUCUUCUUCAAGCUGAUGACGUCCUCUACCAAUAAUUGGGUUCUCAUUAAAAUUAUAAAACUGUUUGGUGCUCUUACUCCAUUAGAACCUAGGCUGGGGAAGAAAUUGAUUGAGCCUCUGACCAACCUCAUCCAUAGCACUUCAGCCAUGUCUCUCUUAUAUGAAUGUGUGAACACAGUAAUAGCAGUUUUGAUCUCUCUGUCCUCUGGGAUGCCUAAUCACAGUGCUAGCAUCCAGCUUUGUGUUCAGAAGUUAAGGAUAUUGAUAGAAGAUUCUGACCAGAACUUGAAAUACCUGGGACUGUUAGCUAUGUCCAAAAUCCUGAAAACACAUCCUAAGUCAGUUCAGUCUCACAAGGAUCUCAUUCUCCAGUGUCUGGAUGACAAAGAUGAGUCUAUCCGACUCAGAGCUUUAGAUCUCCUGUAUGGCAUGGUAUCAAAGAAGAACUUGAUGGAGAUAGUGAAGAAACUGAUGAUUCAUGUGGAUAAAGCAGAAGGGACAACGUACCGGGAUGAGCUGCUGACCAAAAUCAUAGAUAUUUGUAGUCAGUCCAAUUAUCAAUAUAUCACAAAUUUUGAAUGGUACAUCAGCAUCUUGGUGGAGCUGACCCGACUGGAAGGCACACGGCAUGGGCACCUUAUAGCAGCUCAGAUGUUAGAUGUAGCCAUCAGAGUUAAAGCUAUUCGUAAAUUUGCAGUUUCUCAAAUGGCCAUGCUUCUGGACAAUGCUCAUCUCAUAGCCAGCAACACCCAGAGAAAUGGGAUCUGUGAGGUGCUUUAUGCUGCUGCUUGGAUAUGUGGGGAGUUCUCUGAGCACCUCGAGGAAGCAAACCAAACUUUAGAAGCAAUGUUGAGGCCUAAAGUGACAACUCUCCCAGGCCACAUCCAGGCAGUUUACGUGCAGAACAUGGUGAAGCUUUAUGCAUCCAUCCUGCAGCAGAAAGAGCAAGCUGGGGAAAAGGAAGGAGCUCAGGAAAUCACGCAGCUGAUGAUUGAGAAGUUGCCUCAGUUUGUACAAAGUGCCGAUCUAGAAGUUCAGGAGAGGGCUUCUUGCAUCUUGCAGCUAAUAAAAUACAUUCAGAAGCUACAAGUAAAAGAAGUACCAGUAGCUGAGGAAGUAAUAGCACUGUUUGCUGGUGAGCUGAACCCUGUGGCUCCUAAAGCACAGAAGAAAGUACCAGUUCCGGAGGGGUUGGACCUUGAUGCCUGGAUCAAUGAACCUCCAUCAGACAGUGAGUCUGAAGAUGAAAAGCCCAAAACAAUUUUUCAUGAUGAGGAACAAAGACAUUCCAGGCAUAGACAGCCAGAAAUAGAUGAAGAGGAACUGGCCAGACGUCGAGAAGCGCGGAAACAAGAACAAGCAAACAACCCAUUUUACAUUAAAAGCUCUCCUUCCCCACAGAAGCGAUACCAAGACACUCCAGGUGUGGAACAUAUUCCCGUGGUCCAGAUUGACCUUUCUGUCCCCUUAAAAGUUCCAGGAAUGCCUAUGUCUGACCAGUAUGUGAAACUGGAAGAAGAGCGAAGGCAUAAACAGAAACUGGAGAAAGACAAGAAAAAGAAAAAACAGAAAAAGGAGAAGAGGGGUAAACACCAUCGCCAUAACUCCCUGCACACAGAGAGUGAGGAGGACAUUGCUCCAGCUCACCACGUCGAUAUCAUCACAGAGGAGAUGCCAGAGAAUGCUUUGCCCAGUGAUGAAGAUGACAAAGAUCCCAAUGAUCCAUAUAAGGCACUUGAUAUAGAUCUGGAUAAACCCUUAGCAGACAGUGAGAAGCUGCCAGUGCAGAGACACAGGAACGUUGAGACCCUAAAGUCACCAGACUCAGAAGCUCUCCUAGUAGAGAAGAAAAGCAAGAAACCCAAAAAGAAGGAAAAGAAACACAAAGAAAAGGAGAGAGAGAAAGGAAAGAAGAAAGAGAAAGAGAAAAAGGUAGUAGAGGAGGAAGAGGAAAAAAAGGGGGAAGACUUGGAUUUCUGGCUUUCCACCACUCCACUGCCUGCUUCCAGUACCCAGCCACAGAGGGAGCCUGAAGUGGGUGCUGCCCUUGUGGCCGAACCUCAAGAGAUAAAAAAGGAAGAAAGGGAAGAGCCAGAUGAAGAGGAGGAGGAUGAAGGAAAGAAAUCCUCCAAACAUAAGAAGAAAAAGCACAAGAAAGAGAAAGAAGAGAAAUCAAAGGAUAAAAAGAAAUCCAAAAAGAAGAGUCAUCACAGCGAGGAGGAGACAACCGAGUCAGUGCAGAAUGGAACACUAGAUGAUGAACCACUACCACCUAUGUCCAGUUACCGCCUUCUUGCUGAAAAUCCAUACAUUAAAAUGACUUACGAUAUUCAAGGAAACCUCCAGAAUGAUAGUCAAGUUACUGUCUCUGUUAUCUUUGAGAACAAAAGCACUAGCUUCCUUAAGAGCAUGGAACUAAAUGUCCUGGACUCUCUCAACACUAAAAUGCUCCGACCAGAAGGAUCAUCCGUACAUGAUGGGAUACCCGUGCCCUUCCAGCUACCCCCUGGAAUCUCUAAUGAAGCCCAGUUUGUGUUUACACUUCAGAGUAUUGUUAUGGCUCAGAAGUUAAAAGGAACACUGUCCUUUAUAGUCAAAAAUGAUGAAGGUUCAACCCAUGAAAAACUAGAUUUCAAAUUGCACUUCAGUUGCGCUUCAUACUUGAUCACGACGCCUUGCUAUAGUGAUGCUUUUGCCAAGCUCCUGGAGUCUGGAGAUCUGCACAUGAACUCUAUUAAAGUAGAUGGAAUUAGCAUUUCUUUCCAACAUCUACUGGCAAAGAUCUGUUUUCAUCACCAUUUUUCAGUUGUGGAACGCGUUGAUUCGUGUGCAUCCAUGUACAGUCGUUCUAUCCAAGGCCAUCACGUCUGCCUACUGGUAAAAAAGGGAGAGAACUCUGUAUCCAUAGAUGGGAAGUGUAAUGAUUCCACCCUGCUUAGCAACUUGUUGGAUGAGAUGAAAGAGACAUUGUCCAAGUGCUGAAUAUUCCUUACAAAAUACUCCAACUGCAAGAAACACACCCAACGUGUAAAGACGAGCAGACCCAAGUGUUAAGUUUCUCCCUCGUACGCAUGUACUAUCCUGGGGCACGUGCUUUUCAGUUAACUCCACCAUUGUUUGCAGUUUAGACAUUUUAAGGCUGUAUGUUACCUUUUUAUUUCAAAACUUUUUACAAACUGUGGUGUUAACCCUUUCUAGCCCAAAGAGACCCUGGUGACAUGACUGGAGGAGGGAGGGAGGGAGGGAAGGGCGCUAUUUAUUCAGCAGCUCACG